AUGGCUUCCAAACAUAAACAAAAAGUUUUGUUCCCUCAACUAAACCCAACAGAAUGGAAGGGCGAGCAUGAACUUUUUACAUCCAAUGACGAUCGACCAGAUAACCACUGUUGCAGCAACUCUUAUUGCUUGUUUCUACCCAAGCGUUAUUGUAUUGCGUUUCUUACGAUGCUCGCCUUUCUAUUGUCUUAUGGAGUCCGAGCAGGGAUAAGCAUAGCAGUUGUGGCGAUGGUGUCUUCUCGUGAAACGACCAUCAAUGGAACAAUCACUGUGAAAGAUCCUGAAUUCCGAUGGUCAACAAAAACACAAGGGGUUAUUCUUGGCUCCUUUUUUGGGGGCUACAUGCUGACCCAAGUACCUGGCGGAGUGCUGGCUCAAAGAUUCGGUGGUCGAGUUGUCCUGGGCUUGUGUAUGCUGUUUUCAUCAAUAUUUGUGUUCCUUUCUCCUGUGGCGGCGCGAACACACGUUGCACUCCUUGUGGCAGCCAGCGCAGCAGUGGGCUCAUGUAAGGGGGUGAUGACUCCCGCCCUGUACGACUUCUGGAACAGACGGGCGCCUUAUGGGGAGAAAUCUACUUAUGUGACCUUUUCUUUGUCCGGUGUUUACAUCGGUUUGGCUAUAAUCCCACCAGUACUGGGGCAGUUAGAAUCUUGGUUUGACUGGCCGUCAAUUUUCUAUAGUUCAGGUGCAGUAACUAUCUUAUUGGCAUUUGUUUGGUUUAUUGUCGUGAAGCGUUCUCCUGUCGAUGAUUCUCGUCUGAGCGACGAGUUGCUGAGUUCGUGUGAACAAGAAAAGACAGCUACUGAAAAAAAUGUACCAACGCCUUGGAAGAAGAUUCUGACGUCUUUACCGGUGUGGAGCGUUGUCAUUGGCUGGGGCACUAGCGGUUGGAUGUUGUUCACAUUCCUCACAGAAUUGCCCUCUUAUCUCAAGUUCGGUCUUGGAUAUGAUAUAAAACUGACCGGUGUUUUGUACGGAGUCUCGUUUUUGGCAGUGGCCAUAAUGCUACCCAUAAUGACAAGAUUAGCAGAUUUCAUGAAUACCAAGGAAGUCCUGUCAAUGACAAACAUCCGUAAACUAUUCACAUGUGGCGGCUUUUUUCUUCAGUGUAUUUGCCUCAUCAUAGUGGCUUGUACACCCUAUAAGGUGGUGCCUAUCGUCCUUGGUUUAGGUUCCAUGGCCACUUUGAAUGCUGGGGUGGGCGUCAACGCGUUCGAUAUCGCACCCCGGUACUCUGGUAUCAUAAUGGGAAUGGCCAAUACUCUUGCGACGUUUAAUGGAAUUAUGGCACCACUGGUUGUUGGACUAAUCGUAAAAUCUGAGAGCAUCCACGAGUGGGGCAUCGUGUUUCUUCUUAUCGCUGCCAUUGUGUUCUACGGAGCAGUGUUUUACGCAAUCAAUGCGUCGGGCGAGCUACAACCGUGGGCAACGCCUGACCUCUCUCUACUUUCAAAGAAAGUAGACCCACCCAAGAAGCAGGCUAUGUCGUGACAUAUUCAUUAUAUGAUAAGGGACAUUUUGCUGGUGUAGGCGUGGCCCUUCCCAUCACCAUAUUUGGAGUGCUGUCACUCAUCGCUGCCAUGGUAACGUUCUGGAUCCCCGAGACAAUCUACUCGAAUAUGCACCAGACCAUAGAAGAAGCCGAGGACGCUAAAGAUUAUUACGGGAUGCCGUGCUGUCGCCAUGAAGACAACGAGCAAAGUGAGAUUCCCGGAUGUUACCGUAAAUAGGAGCUGAUUUCCAUAACAAAAGAACAGAAUUUGACAAACAUUGACAUCAUGCCAGUUUUCAAUGUUGGUUGCUUUUGCACGGGGCUUAAAGAUAACUAGCAUCAGAACUCAUUCUUUGAAAGACCUGCUUAAACUGACAAUCACACAACUAAGAACACCAUAUAAUUUUAUCUAUAAUUAUCCUAUACUUAACGAUAACAAGCACGUUCUGUCUACGAUCCUGAAAAUGAAAAGUCUCAGACCAGAAUGAAUAAAUACAAAAAGCCCAA